GUGUCCGCGCAUGAUUUUUCUAAUAAGUUGUAAUGCAACGAAAUCUCAGAAAAAGUGUGUAAAUUUAUGCAAAUUUGCGAGCUUUCCAAACAUUUAUAUAGACAAUGGACGAAUAAUGUGUCAAAUGUGUUAAUUGUGAUUAAUUAUGAAUGUCAAAGGAAUUAAUACCUCGAAUUCAACAUUCUUAUCGGUGUUAUAUCAAGCGGAUAGAUUCUGAAAAAGUACUAAAAUGUUGAUUAAAACCUGAGUACAGGUCAUCAACUGCACUAAUUGCAAAGGAUCUAACAAGCUGAACUGUGUGUGGAGCUCGCCAUUAGGAUUUGUUGCCGAAGCGGAAGUAGCUGCUUAAGCGGAAAUAUAAAACGGCAACGGAAGUCAACACAGUCGGCAGAAGAGUAAACAAAACAUACAGAACGCGCGCGAAUGCCAAAUGCUGAAUGAAAUCCGAGCAUGGCAUAUAAUUGAUGAAAUGCAAACAGUACGCUUGUGCGCCUUAAAGCAUGCAACAACAUUUCGCAGCCAGCCAAGCCAAACAACAUUGUAUUAUUGCAUGAGCAUGAGUUGGCUAAAACAAAGCCGCCGGAAGUUCAACUCGAAAGCUGAAAAUAAAAUGGAAAAAAUAUCAAGCUCAGCAUCGCUAGCAGUAAGCUCAAGCUUAAAGCUGGACAAAGGGACAUAGUUGGUAAUAGUAGGCAACUUGAAAUGUGCAAUUAAAAUAUUAAAUAAAUAAAUAAAUAAAUGAAAAGCAAAUAGUGAAACCAUUUUCAACACACGCACCCACACAAAGCUAAUCAAACAUAUUUCGUAUAAAUCCAAACAAACCGGGGAGUGUAUCCAUCCAGCAGAAGACAAAUUGAAUACAGAGUGUAUUUCAAAGUGGAGAAUUAAGAAAAUUGUGAGUGUAAAAGCCUCAAAGUAGACUAUGCAAACAGCCAGAACUGAAGCCAACUUAGCUCUGGGCCAUUGUAAAUGUUUAAACUUAAUUAAAUCAAAUAUGAAAACCCAUAUUGUAUGUGCACGAAAGUAAAAUUUAAAACCAACAUCUCAACAUCAAAAUUUCAACAAUAAAUAUAGAAAUAAGUGGAAAGUGUUGGGCGCAGCGAAGAGAACUCGAUGAGAGUAAACAAAACCAAUAAUAUAAUUAAUAUUUACAUAUGUUCGUGUAUGUAUGUGCAACGCAAAUCUGAAAUCGCCAAAAAUGAAUAAAAAUAAGAGGCAAAGUGAAUGCAAUUAAAUCGUUUAUUCAAUUAAAGUGAAACAACAUAUGCAAAAUGUAAAUGAACGAAAUCGCAGUGAUAUAUAAUUUAAUAUAAUUCAAUACAUUUAAAGUAAUCAAAUAAAAUCAACGUCAAAGUGAUAAACAAGCAACAGAGCUUUAGCACGCGCCCAAAGUCGGCCAAUGAAAAGUUAAAGAAAUACAUAAAUAAUCCUCACGAGCUAUGGAUCAACAGCUCAGUGCCAGUCCUGGUGAUUGUCGCAUAGCCAACGCGGAUUCAACAACAACAACAACAACAAGAAUAGCAGAAGCAUCAGCAACCACAGUAGCUACAACAAUGACGCCCACGCUUCAAUUGGAGAAUAGCCCAAGGGGUCAACAGCAGCAGCAGCAGCAACAACAGCAACAGCAAGAACAACAACAAGUGACAUCAACAACAACAACAACAAGUUCAGGUGCGACGGGAAAACCAAAGAGUCCCACUCCACCGCCCAACAAGUUGAAAGUGCAGCCACAGCAUCAUCAAUUCCGUACACCCCAGCAAUACUUCAAGCACAAACAACAGCAGUCCGGGCCAAGUCCAAAGAACAACAAGAACAACAAGGCUUGGGGUAAGAGACAGCACAAGCCGGGCAAGCAAAUUGCCGCUAAUCCUCAAGCCUCAACAACUGGCACAGGCGGCAGCUGCAAUGCAUCCAAUGCCGGCCCAGCGCUACCCCCGACAGCACUGGUGGUGGCCGCUCACAAGGCUGAUCUGGAGAACAUACAGAACAUAAAGAAUCAAAUUGCCGGCCACGCCCACGCUGGCCACCAUGGCGGACAUCAUGGGCAUCAUGGCAGUGGUGCACGUGCUGCGGUACAAAGCGCAGCUACCGGCGCCGUCAGUGCCCCGGGCAAUGGAGUACCCGCUCUGGAUAAGCUGGGGCAUGCCCAUGGACUGAAGCAGCAGCAGCUCUACAAGAAAAUGGUAGCACAUAGGGGUCAUCAUCAUCAUGUGCUUUGCGCCGGCAACAAUGCGAAUCACACAUGCUGCCUGGUCACCGGAUGCAAUGGAAGCGGUCCGCCCAGCAAGGACACACAGAGCAAUAAGGACACGAGCUCGCUCAGUGGCCAGAGCAUCAACUCGAGCAACGCUGCUGCGGCAGCCAAUGCGGUGCACUACUGUUGCGGACGGUCAAAGUUCUUUUUGCCUGAGAAGCGCUUGCGCAAGGAGGUCAUCGUGCCGCCCACAAAAUUUCUGUUGGGUGGAAACAUAUCCGAUCCCCUUAAUUUGAAUUCUCUGCAGAACGAGAACACAUCGAAUGCCUCGUCGAGCAACAACACACCAGUGACAACACCGCGCGAAUCGCCCAUUACAACGCCACCCAAGGUGGAGGUCAUCAUACCUCCGAAUAUACACGAUCCGCUGCAUUUGCUUGAUCCUGUCGACUCGAUGGAGUACGAAAAGCAAUUAACAUCGCCAAUGAAACGCGCCGGAAUGCUGACGCGAGGUUGCCACUUAAAGUUGCAACAUCAUCGCCAGCAUCGGCCGCGCAAAAAUCGCAAGCGACGGCGGCACGACUCGAAUACCACACAUUUGGGCAGCACCCUGGGCGACGAUUUGGCGUCAAUUGAUGGCAGCGGUGGGGAUGAGUCUGCGACGCUUUCAAUUUCACUUGAUGGGCAGGCGGCGACGGCAACGACGGCGGCAGUGGAACAGUUGGUAACCCCUGUAGCAGCAGCUGCUACGACUUCAGGGAGCACCGCCAAUAACACACAGUUGCUGCUGAGCGAGACGACGCUGGGCAAAACAAUGGAAUUGGCACAGCAGCAGUCGCAUGCGCACGCUGAUAAUUCUCCUCAAAAACUAAUAACAACAGAAACAACAUCAAAUUCAACAGUAACAGAUACAGUAGAACCAGAGAAAACAGCCACACCAGCUGUUAAUGCUUCGGUUGUUGAAAAAGUCGAAUGUAACAACAGCAGCGCUAGCAGGAGUUCCAAGUCGCCGCAACAACAGCAACAUGUGGGCUCUGCUGAGAACACAUCGUCGUCGUUGCUAAUUACAGAACAGCAGUCGCAUAAAAUAGGAAGCAACAAUAACAGCAGUAAUAGUGGAGUGGAUUUACUGCUAACAUCAACGCCAGCGUCUACGUCGGCCGCUGCGCUGGCUGUGGCGUCGACGCUGGCAGAGCGCCGUGCGUUGGCCAGUCGCGAUUUGCGUUUGGACUUGAGUGGCUUGGGAAGCAACAGUAACAUUAACAGCAGCACGUGCUAUGGCGUUGGAGGCACGGGUCUAAGCUUUGGCGCCAACUGCGCUGCAAGCGCCGGCAAUAAUAAUACAAGUGGUGGCUGUGGCGGCAGGAAACGAAAAAUAAGUGAGAGCAACAACUCGCAAAAGAGCAAGAAGUUUCAUCGCUGCCAUGAUGCUAUGGACAAGAUUGUCAGCCCUGUGGUACCACAGCCGGGUGCUUGGAAACGACCGCCGCGUCUUUUGCAGCCAACGGGCGCCCGUAAGCCAAACACUCGCCGUUCUACGUCUUUUAGCGAGACGGAGCUACUUAGUCCCGUUGAGGAGCUGCAUAAGCCGCUCAUAGAGGUGGAAAUACCUCGCGAUGAUACUCCCGAACUGUCGGAAAUUGGACUCGGCAGUCCGCUGAGCACCAUUUCGGGCACCACCUCACACACGGCCGGUGAGCCGGAUUCGCUGGCGGACACAAGCAAUGGGGAGCCACAACCGUCGACCCCAACAAUAACAACAACAGCAGCAAUCACAAGCACAAGCAUGCUCAAAGCUCCCCUGGUCCGACCGCCCAUUGCACUCAGCAAAAUGCCCAAAUUUCGGGCCGAUGGCUUCAAAUAUCGAUACGGGAACUUUGAUCGCUACGCAGACUUCCGGCAGCUAACCGAGUUCCGGGAUGUACGCCUGCAGGUGUUCCAGCGCCACCUGGAGCUGUUUCAGAACAAGGACAUACUGGACAUUGGCUGCAAUGUGGGCCACAUGACCAUCACAGUGGCGCGCAACUUGGCUCCCAAGUCCAUACUAGGCAUAGACAUCGACAAGAUGCUGGUGGAGCGAGCCCGUCGCAAUCUCUCCAUCUUCGUGCGCAUACCCAAGGAGGAGGAGCCGGAAGUGAAGCAGGAAGCGGUGCAAGAGCCGCCAGAAAGUGGGAGCGGCAAUCAGCCGAAGAAGACGCGAAGGUGCCACAGACGCAGGCGAGCGCAGAAGAAGAAACAGCAGCAACAGCUGCACCUGCAUCAGCACCAGCACCAUCAUUACCACCAUCAUCAUCACCCACACCAUCAUCAUCAUCAUCACCAUCACAAUUUGCAGCAGCAACAGCAAGAGGAACAACUGGAGGCGUUGCUUGUGAAACCCCACGAAUUUUUCCCCAUAUCCUUCCCACUCACAUACGGCGGUAUUCCAAAUAUUUCGGGACCCGGUAAAUCUCCUAGCGGCGGGGCAAGCGCUGGAAGCAAUGGCACCAAAAAUCAGUUCCCGCAGAAUGUCUACUUUCGCCAGAAAAACUAUGUGCUCAAGGAUGAGUCCAUGCUGGCCAACGAUACUCAGCAGUACGAUCUCAUAUUGUGCCUGUCUGUGACCAAAUGGAUGCACCUGAACUUUGGCGAUGCGGGUCUCAAGCUGGCCUUCAAGCGCAUCUUCAAUCAGCUGCGGCCAGGUGGCAAGCUCAUACUGGAGGCCCAGAACUGGGCUAGCUACAAGAAGAAGAAGAAUCUAACGCCGGAAAUCUACAACAACUACAAAAAUAUAGAGUUCUUUCCGAACAAGUUUCACGAAUAUUUGCUCAGCCCCGAGGUAGGGUUCAGUCACAGCUACACGCUGGGCGUGCCGAGGCACAUGAGCAAAGGCUUCUGCCGACCCAUUCAGCUUUAUGCCAAGGGCGACUACACUCCGAAUCAUGUGCGUUGGAGCGAUGCCUACUAUCCGCAAACGCCGUACGAGGCCUAUCGAGGUAUUUACGCAACCAUGCCACAGCGAGCCGGCGGCGGCAGCAGCGCCAGUGGGAGUCACGGUGCCGUGCCGCAUCAUAUGAGCUCUACGCGCUCCCAGAACUACGAUACGCCGCACUAUGCGGGCAGCGCCUCCGGGUCGGCUAGCUGCCGACAGACGCCCAUGUACCAGCCCACCUACAAUCCGCUGGAGACGGACUCGUAUCAGCCGUCGUACGACAUGGAGUAUCUAAACCAUAUGUAUGUGUUCGCCUCGCCCCUAUACCAGACUGUGUGGUCCCCGCCCGCCUCCCUCCGCAAGAGCUCCUCGCACACGCCUGUGUUUGGCAGCGUGCGGGAUGCGGAGCUGGAUGGCGAUGGCAGCAUUGGUGGUGGCGGGAGCGGUGGCGGCAGCUAUCCCAGGCACGUCUAUCCGCCCAACGACGACACUUGCUCGCCGAAUGCGAAUGCAUGCAAUGCGUUCAACUCUAUACGGGAUGCGGAUACGGAUGAUUCGAACCAACUGCCCGGCGGCAGUCGACGGCAUGUGUAUGCCACCAACUGUGGCGAGAGCUCCUCCUCGCCACAGGUUAAUCAUCAUGAGGCGGCGGGCGAAUUUGUGGAUGCGCUAAUGGAUGAUGAGCAGCAAAAGACAGCCGCGGGCGGUUACUGUGAUCUGUCGGAUGCCUAGGCGUGGAGGCUGCGGACCGAGCCACGCUAGUCGGCUGGUGGCCGUAGAAAUUGUGUCAAAAAUGCAAAUUGAAAAUACACGUAAACGAGACGCUUAUGAUUUUUUUAUAUGAUAAUGAACUUAUAUUUUUUAUAUAGUUGUUUAAUGGAAAAAGUACACAUAUACAUACAUACAAUAUAUGGUACACUAUAUACGAGUACAUACAUACGCGUAUAUUAUAUAGUAUAGAUUAGCCAACUUUUUGCUAGUGCUUUAUCAAAAUGGUUUUGCGUUUUGUUGUUGACAGUUUCUGUCGUCGUCAGCGCCGUCGUCGACGUCGUUAAGCGAAGCUCAUUUCAAUUGUAAUUUAUUUAGGAUCUAGUGUUUAAAUAAUAUCGAAAGUAAAUUCAACACUCACUCGCACACACACACACACACUCCCACCAGCACACAACAACAAAAAACAAUUAUGUAAUCACACCAACAACAAUCUGUAGCUUUACUAGAACGCAAAAUAUAUAUUGUUCUCUAUUUUAUAUUCAAAUCUAAUCUAAUUCAUUUAAGUAAAUAAGAAGAGAAGAAAGGAAACCCCAGAAAAAUUGAAGUUUGCAAAAAUCAACUAUUUUUGAUUAACAUUUUGAAAUCGCUGCAAGGGAAUUCUGUAGAUCAUUUAAAAAACGAAAACUUACGAAAUUCUAGAGAAUACACAAUUAAGUAUAAAUAUUUAUAUACGAUAUACAUAAAUACAUAUAUAGUUUUUAGUAUAUGCUAAACAACAUGUUAGUUUUGUCAACAACAAAAUAGCUAAAGAGAGGAAACAAAGGAAAUUUGUAACAUUAAUUAUGUCAUUAGUACGUUUUGUAGUUUAUUGGCUUGCAGGAGGAAACCAGAAGGAAACACAAGACGAAAGUUUCUAAGCGUAUUUAAGUGCUACCCUUAUAUAUAUUGUAAGUUGUUUAUUAUUGAACGCACGACACACGCGUAUUUGCUAUGUUUUUAAAACAUUUUUUAGUUAUUUUUUCUGAGAAAAUGAAACAGUUUAUAAUUAUAUGAAAUUAUACAUAAAAAUAAACGUAAAGUAUACAAUGAA